CUUACUCUGUGGUCUUACUCGACACACGCUUCGAAGCCUCGACCCGGGAGGACACAUCACUACCACACGUCCUCUGCUCCCAGGCAUCCAUCAUCACUAAUGUCUCAACAACAGCAGCAGACCCUGCCCUCCGCCCCGGACUCCCCCGCCCUUCUGGUCACCUCCAACGUGCAGAAAUAUGCCAUCAAGAAGAAGAAGGUGCUCAGUCCUGAGGAAGCGGAGCUGUAUGAACUGACCCAGGCUGCAGGACUCACUAUUGACCAAGAGGUGUUCAAGAUCAUAGUGGAGCUGUUGAAAAUGAACGUGGCUCCUCAAGCAGUCUUCCAGACUCUGAAGGCCAUGUGUGCGGGUCAGAGAGUGUCCGACGGCUGCGGCGGAGACUCCACUUCAGCUGCCUCCCACACCACCAUUACCACUGCCCCCACAGAGCCCAGAGCAGUUCGCAGUAAAGCUGGAGCGGGCCACAGCGAGAAGAGCAGAGAGGGCUCCAGCCAGAGAGUGCAGCGGCAGCCCAGCGCCACCAGAGGGCAGAAGACCAAGAGCUCCGGCAGCAGCAGUUCCUCCUCUCAGAUAAAUUCCACAUGAGACUCAGGUCAAUGUGAGACCAUUUGUAAAUAUAUACUUUUCUUUCUGUUUAACUUAUCUUUAUUUUUUACUGUGUAACCUGUUUAAAGAGUUGGUUUACCCCAACCAUAAGAAGCUGGUUUAUCUGCCUCUGCCUUAAUUCAAUGGAGCUGAACAGAAUAGUUAGAAAUUAAGGAAAUUAAAACAUUUUUAUUUUCAGAAAUAAUCACCAGAUUACUCCGGUUAAUCCACAAAUCUCAGUGUGCCAUUUUUCUUUUUCUGGUUCAACACAGUUCCAAUGAAAACUCUUCACAGUGAGGUCUGUGAAGAGCCACAGAUAUAUGAAAACCUUCAAAAAUGUUAAAUGCACGACUCGAUAAUAGUGUUAAGUGAGAAAAUAUGGUACAUUUUGGGUAAACCCAUCCUUUAAAAUUUUAACAUAAUAAGAAAUAAGAAAGUCUUGAGUGUCUCCUACUCAUUAUUGUUCCGGCUGUUGCUACUUUAAGUGAGUCAAGCCUUUUGUCGCCUUCUAGCAUUCAACAGGCCUAAGGAAAUAUCAUAAUGUUGUUAUUCAAUGUGCUGCUUUUUAUAAUACUAUAAAUCUUUGAUAAAUACAAUAAAUGAUAAACCUUC